AUUCCUUGUAGUUUUUUUAAAUAUUAGAAGGAUGCUGCUAAGGCUCAGAAACAAACCUCAUACUUCUUGAGGAAGGAAGGAAGGAAGGAAGAGGUGGUUGCUAGCAGAGCCUCAUAUACUGUUUCUUGCCCAGACUGCUGAAGUUGGCAGGUUCUCCACAGCCCUUGAAAUAUCAAGGAGCUCUGAAGUAAUCAGGAGGAGGAGCCGGUUGUUCAACAUCUGAAGGAGGAGAAAGGAGGUGGCUGAAGCACCGUCACUCUAGUUCUUACUACUUGCUUUUCUCUAAUCUCAGACGCACAAGAUCUAUGUGGGGAAAAAGUUAUCAGCUGGCACCUGAGGUUGAGAGCAAAGGAGAAACGAUUGCCUGCUACUGGCAGCUCUAGAUGUAAAGGCACCAGAGGACAGUCAAGAAAAAGAAACAGCUGCUAAGAAAAGUAGAGUUGGAGAAUUAAAUGCCCACUGGGGAUUCCAGGGCAGAAUGAGACUGAGACCAUGAACAGAAUGGCAGGGACAGCAGAGACUAUGUGAUUUAUAUACUUCUUCUAGGACUCAUGUCUGAACAGGUAGCUGCUGUAGUAGGUGGUGUGAUGGGAGGAAUUCUUCUGCUGGUCCUUAUUGGAAUAGCUGUGUACCUCUUUUGGAAGAAAGUCUACCUCAAAGCUUCUUAUGAAGAACUUAUUGAAUCUGCUUCCCCUGUCCGGCAAGACACAGUUGUCACCCAACUAUCUUCUUCACCUCAUCCUCCAAAGGCAAGAACAAGAAGUGUCCCUUUUAUCGUUCCACCAAAAUUUAAUAGACAAGCUUGGACUGAAAUGAUAAAUGGAGAACAUGUUCAGGAAGACAGUGAUCUCUAUAUUACCCCGGAUUCUGGGCCUCGAUCCUCUUUCCAUUCUUUAGCUGGAGCAUACCUUGUAGGAGCCAUUAACCCAGAACUCUACAAGUUUCCUGAAGACAAGAGUGAGACAGACUUCCCUGAGGGAAACAUUGGUCGCCUUUGGUUCUCUGUGGAAUAUGAGCCAGAAUCAGAAAGGCUUCUUGUCUCCUUGAUCAAAGCCCGAAAGUUGCAGUCUCCUGCCAGUUCUUGCAACCCCUUCGUGAAAAUCUACCUGCUGCCUGAUGAGAGGCGUUACCUGCAGUCCAAGACCAAGCGGAAAAAUCUCAACCCUCAGUUUGAGGAGAACUUUGUUUUCCAGGUUUCCAGUAAUACACUCCACCAAAGGACACUGAAGUUCUGUGUCUACCAUGUUGACAAACAGAAGAAGUAUAUUCUCCUAGGACAAGUAACUUUCCCUCUGAAAAAUGAAAGCUUAUCUGGUGAUGGGAAAGUCAUUGUUUGGAGAGAUUUGGAAGCAGAUAACCUCGAGGUGCCUUCUGAACACGGUGACCUCCAGUUUUCUCUCAGCUACAAUGGCUAUUUGGGCCGUCUCACAGUGGUGGUGCUGAGAGCAAAGGGCUUGAAGUUCCAGAAGGAAAAACAAGCUCUUGAUAAGUGUGGUGUUUUUGUCAAAGUGUCUCUAAUGAAGCAGAAUCAGUUCAUCAAAGCCAAAAGGACUACAGCUGUUGUGGGUUUAUCUGAUCUAUUGUUCAAUGAGACACUGAGCUUCAAGGUUGACCAACUAGAACUGGAUACAACAAGCCUGAGCCUAUCUGUGCUCCAAGAUGCCGAGGAAGGUGAAACCUACUCGCUGGGUCGUGUAGUUAUUGGGCCCUUCAUGUACACCAGGGGCAAAGAGCUGGAACACUGGAAUGAAAUGAUCAGCAAACCCAAGGAACUGGUGAAGAGGUGGCAUGCGCUGUCUCUUAGUAGCUGAAGGGUAAAGAGCUUUCUUGCAAGUGAGACUUUUUGCCUUUACAUGGUGGAAGCAAAUAACUUCCUACAGUGUUAUCUACAGAUUACCAGAUGUAUCUCCCAUUAGGUAUUUUUCACAGAAAUUCUGUGGCUUGGUAAUUAAUGAUGGUUGGCAACUUCCUUAGAAAAAAUGGAUCUGAACAGGGUCUCCUACAUGGUCCACUCAAAUGCAGAAAAGAAUAGGACCCCUAAAAUUAGGAGAGCUCCUAAACUAGCAAGAGAAGGAUCUGAUAGCCUCCAUAUAGCUGCCAAUGAAGUUGGAUAUGCUUUUGCCUAAGGCUCUCAUCACAAAUGCCAAGCAAAGUGUCCUGCUUUUCCUGGCAUCGCAGCAAAAGAAGAGGGGCAGUGGUGUGAAUCUGUCACCCCAUGUGCAGCUCCCUAUCAUAUCACUUUCCCUAUCAAAUGGGGGAAGCGUCGCCCUUCCAGAGAGGACCUCCUGUGUUGUGGGUGAAGCCUCCGGCAAUGCUUUCACCUCAGUUGGGUGGGGUGAAACAUUGUGAGAUGGCUGGCAUGAGGCUCUUUCCAGAAGCAAGGGUGACAGUGUCCUAGGAUGUUAAAUCCUGCCCCCCCCCCCCCCCGUCUGAUGAGGUCCUUACUCAAGUUGACAAAAGAAUUGGCAGACAUUGCAUCUUUUGAAAUAAUUUCAUACUGAAAUGAGUUAUUUUAGAUGUAUUGUGUUGGCCUUCAACUCGUUAUGGUGCUUUUUUGUUUUUUAAAAAACAAAUUCAAUCUUCAGGAAAGGACAACUUAUGGACUUCCAGAUAUUGCUGCCUACAGCUCCACUCACCCCUCACCAGUAGCUACAUGGAGCCUCUGGUGGCCUAGGGGAUAAAAGCCUCGUGUCUUGAAGGUUGGGUUGCUGACCUGAAGGCUGCCAGGUUCGAAUCCCACCCGGGGAGAGCGUGGAUGAGCUCCCUCUAUCAGCUCCAGCUCCAUGCGGGGAUACGAGAGAAGCCUCCCACAAGGAUGGUAAAACAUCAAAACAUCCGGGCGUCCCCUGGGCAACGUCCUUGCAGACGGCCAAUUCUCUCACUCCAGAAGCAACUCCGGUUGCUCCUGACAUGAAAAAAAAGUAGCUACAUGAAUGAGGUCAGAUGGGCAAUGCAGUAUAGCAACAUCUGGAGGACUUCAAGUUGCCCACCCUGACGAUAAACCUUUCUCACAUUUGAACUAACUUGACAACUUUUCUUCUCAAAGUCGAGUGAGUGAACAAAACAAGAUGAAUCACAUUGGCUAAAUCUAGCUAUGUAUUUAGCAAAAAAGAUUGGUUCUGGUAUUUUAGUAGCACCCAGUCUUCAAAAGGCUUGUUUAUGGGAGUUCAAGCUUCUUAAGAUAGGACUUACCACCUCAUCAGAUGGGCUAAUUUGCCUGUCAUAUGCCACUUGCUCUCCACUUUCGAUUUGGAGCCUAUUACAUGAUGUAAGUGUUGGGUUAUCUAAGCAAUCAUGCAUGCAUUUUCAAUGUGGGAUGGUUUAUGUAGUUAGUUAUGUCUGUUGCUUAGUAACCUGAGCCAAGCUGCAUUCCAGAGUUGAUGACACCAUUUAAGGGUUUUGCAUAUGAAAUGGGAAAUGGGUGUAUCCUUUCUGGGGACACACAGGAAGUGAUGUACAGAUGCCUCUUCCUGUCUCUUCCUCUUCGCUCCUGACCAUGCCAUGCUGAUGUUCCUGUAUGUUAAGAGAUAUGUAGUUUCCUGAACUGUUUUUCUUUGGAACUAAGAUGUUUUUUGCCUGUAUGACCAUCAUCAUACAAGAUUGUGAGUAAACAUAUUUUUGCUAUUUUA